AAAAAUUUCAUCCACUUGCGUGUCUCUCCCUUUCAAAGGCUCAAAAUUUAAAUCUCUCAUUCUUCUUGUGCGGCGUUUCUUUUUCUCCUUUUGUCCGUACGCGUUUUCUUACCGGUGACCUGAAAGUCUCAAAAAAUGGCGGCGUAUAGAGCUGACGAUGAUUACGAUUUCCUCUACAAGGUGGUAUUAAUCGGUGAUUCCGGCGUCGGUAAAUCCAAUCUGCUUUCUCGAUUCACGCGCAACGAGUUCAGCCUCGAGUCUAAAUCCACCAUCGGUGUCGAAUUCGCCACCCGAAGCAUUCAUGUCGAUGAAAAAAUCGUCAAGGCUCAGAUUUGGGACACCGCCGGCCAAGAGAGAUACCGAGCAAUCACAAGCGCAUACUAUCGAGGAGCUGUUGGGGCUUUGCUUGUUUAUGAUGUUACACGGCAUGUGACAUUUGAGAACGUUGAGAGAUGGUUGAAGGAGCUUAGAGACCACACAGAGGCCAACAUUGUGAUCAUGCUUGUUGGGAAUAAAGCGGAUCUACGUCACCUAAGAGCUGUUUCAACUGAAGAUGCUAAAGCCUUUGCAGAGAGAGAGAACACAUUCUUUAUGGAGACAUCUGCACUUGAAGCUUUGAACGUUGAGAAUGCUUUCACUGAAGUGCUUUCUCAAAUAUACCGUGUUGCAAGCAAGAAGGCGUUGGAUAUUGGUGAUGAUCACACUACUCUUCCUAAAGGACAAAGUAUUAAUGUUGGGUCUAAGGAUGAUGUUUCUGAGGUUAAGAAGGUUGGAUGCUGCUCAAGUUGAUCUUGAUCAAGCCAUUUUGUCUGUUUCUUAGGCAAGAAUAUAGUUUGAUUAUCUAUGGAAGACAUGCAGAUGAUUCUUUCUUGUGUUUUUCCUUUAGUUGCUUCUUUUGGUGUAAGUUUCUCAGAUCCUGUUUUAAAUAUUAUUUUUUACACAAUCAUUCGUAUGCGAUAAUCUAUGAACAAAAGAGAUGUUUUAGAUGAAGAAAGUUUAACUCUAGGAGCAACCAGAAUGUACAAAGAACCAAAAAAAGCCUAUACAGUUUUUAUAGUCACUAAGCCAAUCUUAGCUUUAGACUGUCACUUUAAUGUGCACAAAAGUACAAAUUUACAGAAUUUGGGGGCUGAAACAUACCCUGACUCUGUUUCUCUCUUAUAAAACCAAUAGAUAAAAAGCGUCUUAAAAACCAUCAGCGAUAACCUCUUUUAGGUUGUAGCAGCAACCUCUUCUCAUCUACUACUUAACCUUAGCUUCUUCUUCUUCUCUAUGACCAAUGCCUCUGAUUUACAGAUUGGGCA